AUGCCACAAUCAGAUGGGAAUGUUCUUCAAUUUGAGAAUGGUUAUGUAGUUGAGACUGUUGUGGAAGGAAAUGAAAUUGGGGUUAUCCCUUAUCGGGUCCGCAUCUUUGCAGAGGACGGUGAACUCUUUGCUGUUGAUGAAAUUAAUAGCAACAUUGUUCGAAUUACCCCACCAUUAUCUCAGUAUAGUAGAGGAAGAUUGGUAGCUGGGUCGUUUCAGGGCUACACUGAUCAUGUUGAUGGAAAACCUAGUGAUGCUCGGUUUAAUCAUCCCAAAGGCAUUACUAUGGAUGAUAAAGGGAAUGUUUAUGUUGCUAAUACUCAGAAUCUUGCAAUUAGAAAGAUUGGAGAUGCUGGUGUUACAACCAUCGCUGGAGGAAAGUCAAACGUAGCUGGCUACAGGGACGGGCCUAGUGAGGAUGUUAAGUUCUUGAAUGAUUUUGAUGUGGUAUAUGUUCGGCCAACCUGUUCCUUGUUGGUCAUUGAUAGAGGAAUUGCUGCUCUUCGACAAAUUAUUCUUGACCAGGACGACUGUGAUUACCAAUCUAGUUCAAUUUCCAGCACAGAUAUCCUUACGGUUGUUGGUGCUGUUUUUUGUUGGAUACGCGACAUGCAUUCAUCCAACAUGACAACAAGCAGGAAGCAAACACCAAUGUGA